UGUGGCGUUCUCGCCCGAUGGCAAGCAUAUUGUCAGCGUGGGCAACCAGCAUGACAUGAUGGUCAACGUCUGGGCUUGGAAAAAGGACGUCGUCGUCGCUGCCAACAAGGUGUCCAGCAAGGUAACGGGCGUAUCCUUCGCUGAGGACAGCUCCUACUUUGUCACUGUGGGCAACCGACAUGUCAAGUUUUGGUAUCUGGACCACUGCAAGGCUAGCAAGGCCAGCACCCCGGUGCCUCUGCUGGGCCGUUCGGGUCUUCUGGGCGAGCUGAGGAACAACUUCUUCUGCGACGUAGCCUGCGGACGAGGUCAAAAAUCCGACUCUACCUUCUGCGUCACCUACUCCGGCCUUCUGUGCGAGUUUAACGGCAACAGGAUGCUGGAUAAGUGGGUGGACCUGCAGACCAGUGUGGCCCAGUCACUGUCUCUGUCCUGGGACCGGAUCUUCUGCAGCUGCGCUGACGGAACUGUGCGAGUCUUCAGCCCACUCGACCUGCGUUUUGUCUGCACGCUGCCUCGGCCACACCCCCUCGGAGUUGACGUCGCGUCCGUCACUCAGGCCAGUCAUUUACUUUGCAGCCGGACAGACGCCCGAUACCCGGACGCUAUGGCCGUAACCUAUGACCCCGUCAGCCGCUGGCUAAGCUGCGUGUACGCCGAUCACAGCGUGUUCGUUUGGGACGUCGCUGACCUCACACGUGUGGCUAAGGUCCACUCGGCCCUCUUCCACGCAGCUUGUGUCUGGGACCUGGAGAUGUUUCCGGAUAUUCCUGGGGAGACGGCUGCUAGUCUGUGGCCUGGCACGUUCCUCAGCUGCUCAUCCGACAGCACCAUCAGACUUUGGCAUGUAGACGAGCGCAGCCGUGUUCAUUCUCGGAACAUCCUCAGCUCCGACCUCCUCAAGAUCAUCUACACGAGCGCAAGCAUGGCCGCCUUGCAGGAAGCAGAAAAUCUGACCAACCCGGACGGACCACCAGCGGAAAGCAGGGCGGUGGUCCGCACCAUCUGCCUCAGCCCGGAUGGAAAACAUUUGGCGUCCGGAGAUCGCAAUGGAAUGCUCAGAAUCCACAACCUCAGCAGCAUGGAGGAGAUUCUUAAAGUGGAAGCUCACGAUGCCGAAAUCCUCUGCUUGGAGUACAGCAAACCAAAAACAGGUCUGCAGUUUCUAGCCACGGCAAGCAGAGAUCGUCUGAUUCACGUCCUGAACGCCGCAGCCGACUACGGCCUCGUGCAAACGCUGGAUGAGCACUCGUCCUCCAUCACGGCCGUACGCUUUGCCGCCGUUGAUGGUAAAGUGAGGUUGAUCAGUUGCGGGGCAGAUAAAAGCAUCUACUUCCGCACCGCUCACACGAGCGACAGCGGAACAGAGUUCAGGCGUUCUCACCACACUGUGAGAAAAACCACACUGUACGACAUGGCCGUGGACCCCAGCUGCAAGCAUGCGGCGGUGGGCUGCCAGGACCGCUGCAUCAGGAUUUUUAACGUCAACAAUGGCAAGCAGAAGAAACUGUACAAGGGAUCACUCCGUGACGACGGCAGCCUGCUCAGGGUUCAGAUUGAUCCGUCGGGUCAGUAUGUGGCUGCCAGCUGCUCCAACAAAAACAUCAGCAUCUUUGACUUUCAUACCGGAGAGUGUGUCGCCACAAUGUUUGGGCAUUCUGAAAUUGUGACCAGUUUGAGGUUUACCAACGAUUGCAAGCAUUUGAUCAGCGUGUCAGGGGACAGUUGCAUAUUUGUAUGGCGUCUGACUCCAGAGUUGACCAUCAGCAUGCGACAGAAGCUCUUUCAGCUCCAACAGCCUUUCAAGAGCUCCGCCUUCAGGCGAGAGGCACACAGCGCUCCCGCUUUGGUGGGCCUCUCCUCAGACAGUGAGCGAGAUGACGAGGAUGGCGCCGCCCACCGAGACUCCGACGACUCCAGCAACAACACGUCCACCGACAGUAGCCACGGAGAAGAAGAUGCUGGCGCCUCGGAAGAUGCACCUGACUGGGAGCGAACAAAACCUGCCGUACCCCCACCGGUUGUCAGUCGCCGUCCUCGCCGUCGCUGGUCUCGUCGUAGGGGCUCUCUGGAGCAGAAGGUCAAGUCCAUGUUGGACCUUAGGCAGCUGGACACCUUCACUCCCAACGAAGAUACCAACACUGAUGCACGCAGCAGCACGCCCAACCUCCAUGAGCCUGCCAUGACCUCGGACAGUCCCAACAAGAACCUCUUACAUCAGCCCAUCGUGCCCUGUGAUUGGCUGUCAUCUGAAGGGGUGGAGAGUUCUGAGAGGGUGGGGCUGAGGCGGGAGAACAACGAAGAUAAUGGAGCUCUACAAGAUAGUGAUAAAACUGUGACGGAUUCGCUUCACAGGAAGUGUCAGGUGCUCAACCAGAGCCAGGACAGCUACAGCCCGGACAGCGCCUGCUCGAUGGGCUACGACAGCCGAGGAACCAGUCCUGAUGGCAUCCUAGAUGAGUCCGCAGACAACACCUCCCUUAGCUUGGACAGCUCGGACGAUGAGGAGGAAGAAGAAACGUUAGCAAAGGCUAACGUGGCCAUUGUGGACAAGGCCGGAAGAGAAGAUUUCCUCAGGAAGAACUUUGAGACACUGGGGGACACCUGCAGCGCAGUCGAGCCGAGCAGAGCCCCGAGGCUCAGCAUGUCCUCACGCUUCCUAGCCAGAGGACAUCACAACCGGGGAGGUUCUCUGUUUUCCAAAGUACAGGCAAAGGAAACAGACGGCAGCUUCUCCCACAAGCCCCCUGUGUCCAAAGUGCGCCCCUUGAUGGAAAACGGGCAAAGCAGAACCCCGGAGAACAAGAGUCCUGUGUCCCCUAGCGCCACCCAGGGGCCAAGGAUCGUCACAGCUUCCACAGUCAUCCCAAGACCCCAGAAAAAACCCACAAUAAGGUCUCACAUUUGGAGGUUCUCCACACCGCCAUCCAAACCUUCAUUACCUGACAGAACUACCAGACUGCAUAAGUCCCUGUCUGUCCAGAACCUCACCGUCACCUCUCCACACUCUCCACUGCCCUCUAGUGAGCACAGGGAGUGGUGCAAAAGACCCCAAUAUCUCCUCCUGGACCAAGACCCUCUCAAGGCCUCAUCCUCGUGCGUCUCCUCACCCUCGCCGGGCUCACCGCCGUCUCCUCACUCCUACAUGAGCCCCACAGCGAGCUCCAUAGCCAAAAGCAGCCGCUCGUCAUCCGUGGGCGAGGGCGUCCACCCUGGCCUCGACCUGUCCCCCUUCCCCAAGGCCCGGAGGUCCUGGGGGGAUCUGGAUGUCGCAGAGACACCUUGGCAUCCCCUCGCUUCCGUUUCUCCAACACGCACUCGCAUCCCACAGCCCAAGCAGCCUCUUAGCCCUCGACGCAGCCUCUGCUUGGAAAUGAAAGCCACUUCCUUUUGUCCGGGAAGUCCAACUGAAGCUUCUUCGCCCACUGUGGGACCGACCUGUGAUGUCACAUCCUACACAGGUACAGCAGAGAAUAACACAGUGUCCACGUCUGAAAGAAAGCAAGAUGUCGGCCCGCCGUCUGAAGCCCUCCCCCUGGUGGCGGAACAUCCCCUCCCACAUCCAGGUGGUCCUCCUCCUACCGACCUUUCAUUUCCUACCACUUCUUUUCCUUUCCUUCUACCUCCUACUCCUCCUCUUCCUUUUCGUCGUCACUCUGCCUCACGCUGGCCGCCGCUGGCUUGCGUGUCUCCGUCACCCGUCGCCUCCUGUCAGUGCCACGCCGGUAAUUCCAUUACUUUGGACAUGUGCAAGCAGGCUGCGAAUGAGCUUCAUUGCAGUCUGAGGCGAACUGUCACGCUGUACGCAGAGGUUCUCCAACGCCCUCCGGAGUGCGGAGAAGAAGCUCGUCGGGAGAUGGUGAAGGUUUUGUCCGGAGCGUUGACGUCUGCCAAGGUUGAGCUGGACCCGCUGCCGAGCUGCUGGCCCUCCAACGCCAAAAGUGAAGGUGACAAAGCUUUGGCGCUAUUAGAACAAUACGCAGAGCUUCUGCUAAAGUCGGUUGAGAAGAAGCUGGACAGCAAGAUGUGAAACAGGAAGCCCAGGAUGCUUUUUUUUUUUUUUUAAUAGCACUCAAACAGUUGGCCUUAUUUACAAGACAAUUGUUGCCUUAGCUCUCUUUUGCCUGUUUUCUACAUACGCAACUGGGAGGGACAUAAAGUACCAUGCACUUCCUAAACAGAUUUAUGACAAAAAAAAUGCCAUUUUGAAUAUAGACAAAAUAUGUCAGUCCGCGAACAGUGAAUAUGUGCGUAGAAAAAUGCCCAUUGAAAUGCUUUGGGAAAUUUGGGGGGGAAAAAACCCCAAAAGAAAAACAAUAAAUAAUUUGUGUUUUCGAUUAUAUUUUUAAGAUUACGUCAAAUGUCUUUUAAUCGUCUUGUAUGUUUAACCAUGGCAGCACUUCUGCCUCAUGGUUCUAAGCUAAGGUUGGGGGUUCAAAUCCGGGCUAUGCCCGCCUUGUGUGGAGUUUGUAUGUUCUACCUGAAAUGAAAAAUGGAUAGAUGGAGGACUGUUCAUAAUAAAGACAAAAAUACAGAAAUGAGGAACAAAUUGUGAUGAUAUUACAAAGUCAACAUUCUGUU